AUUGUGAGAGUACCAAAAUCAUCACACCUACCCCACGUGGACACACACACUCUUUCUCACAAUACUUUGGCACUGCUGAUUCCCAUACACAGAGAGCAAUGUAUGGAAACAGCAACUAUGAGACCUCCACCUUUGGAAACGUCACCCCGGACUAUAUCUAUGAUUAUGGAAACUGCACAGGCAACUACUGCGAUCUUAAUGUAAUUGAGAUUUGUGAGCCAGAUAACAGGCAAGAGUUGACCAUCAUGGCUGUUCAGGUCACGGUCUUCCUCAUCGCCUUCUUCCUUGGUGUAAUUGGGAAUAGUUUGGUGAUUGCCACGUUCACCAAGUAUCGGCGCCUCCGUCUGCGCUGCAUGACUGAUGUCUUCCUCUUCUAUCUUGCGAUUUCUGACCUGCUGCUGCUGCUGACUUUGCCACUGGAGACCAGCGAAAUCAUCAUCGGCUCCUGGAAAGUUGGAAACGAGCUGUGCAAGCUAAACCAUGGCCUCUGUGCCAUCAACACUUACGGUGGCUUGUUGUUGCUAGCGUGCAUCAGCAUAGAUCGCUACCUGCUUGUAGUACGAGCCAGGACUGCUCAGGCGCUACGUCCAAGUAUGCUAUGCUACAGUAAGUUGUCUGCGAUUGCCGUGGCAGUGACCUCCAUCGUCCUCAGCCUGCCAGAACUAAUAUCCACCUCUGUGCAUCAAAGUUCGUUGAGGUGUGAGUACGUAGGAAAUGAGGGUGACAAUGGGAGGGUAAAGAUGUGGGCACGUGUGGCAAAGAUUACAGGUUUCUGCGUGCCAUGCAUUGCCAUGCUGGUGUGUUACAGCAUCAUCAGCUACGUGUUGAUGCAAGGCCGGGGAAAAUGCUUUCGCAGACAGAAGACACUGCGACUCAUAGUAGCGCUGAUACUGCUCUUCUUGCUGUUCCAGCUGCCGUACGCCAUGGUGCUGUCUCUCCGAUUGUUCAUGUCCGAUUAUUCAUGUAAACUGUGGAAUGACAUUCACCUGGCCGAGGAUGUCACCCGCAGUCUUGCUUACGUCCGUUGCUGCCUCAACCCCCUGCUCUAUGCCCUUGUGGGAGUAAGAUUCCGGAAUGAUGUGAUGAGGUUGCUGAUUGAUUGCAGUUGCAUCUGUCCUUAUCUCUCACUUGUGACAUCAAAACUGGACUAUGGAAGCUCAAUGACUCCCUCAUCCCCUCCUCCUACUAGUACUCUCAUGCCCUUCUCUGAUGUUUAUUCACCUAAAAUUUUACCUGACACUGCCAAGAUCGAAAAUCCUGCAGGUAUGCCACAGGUUGUGAUCAUAGAGUCAUAUUCCCCCAACAUAUUUUUCCCUUCUGAUUUCCCGAACUCACAAAAACCUGGGGACAUUGUUGUUUCAACCUAUACCUGCCAGUAAACUCUUCUUUUUGACGAUAUACAACUUUUUGCAUAGGGUAUGUAAAUAAUAAAACAUACUUGGGGUAUGCUCUUUAAGGAAAUAAUCAGGCUGGAGUUACUGUUACUACCCUGAAGUUGAUUAUAUUCCAACAAUAGCACAUCCAGAAGUGUUUUAUACCACAGCACAUCUGUGUUAAUGUUCACAGACCAAUUAAUUCCUAUAAAGUGAGCGUUAUAACAGCUGUAAGCUAUCAUUCUCUCAUCAGCUUGUCAUGUUACCAAAAAAGCGGAAAGUCCUCUGUUCUGAGGACUUUCCCAUGGUGGAAAACAGUCUGUUACAUUAUGCGCUGACACUGGAGACUCCUUGCAUAAAUGUUAAAUGUCACCUUACAGAAAACAUCAUGUAUAUUAUUUGGCUUAAAUCCAAUCCAAUCAAGUCCAUGAGUAAGUUGUUACUAUAGAAAGGAUAAGCACAUUAGUAUAAACUUGUGAUAUGCCUUAGAGCUGCUGCUGAAUGAAUGAAUCAACAUUUUCACACUGAUCACAACUGACUCACCACCACUGUGGUAUAAAACAUUUUAGCUGAGUUUCUGAGUUUCUGUUUCUGCCAUGAAUUGUGUAUUAAAAUUGAAUGCAUCUUUUUUCCUUUAUAGAGUAGAAAAUUGUAUUAUAAUAAGAUCUAGUUACUUGUUAUAUGUUUCAGCCUUAUCUCUAAUACUUAA